AUGGAAGCGUCUUAUGCGAAGGAGAAUGGCACGAGUGCGUCAGGUGGACACGUGUACUUGGAGCUGGGUGUCGCUCACCUCCCCACCGGCUCCGGCCGGAUUUAUGUAUUCGCCAUUCCAAAUGAAACUGAAUAUGGUCCGGGGUACGGAGACGAAUGGCUACUUUACCAGGACGAGAGUGGCACUCACAUAAUGAACUUCACUGCAAUACCAAAUGAUACGAGGGGUUUGAUAUUUGGAGAUGCUUACUACUACUUGUAUACCAGACUUAAUGCGGAACCAGAAGAACUGCAUAUCCCCAAUGACAGUGACCAAAUCUUUACUAGCCAAUACUUCAAUUCCUCCAAUUUGGUUAAGGUUAUAACUCAUGGAUGGUUAACGAAUAUGAAUGCAACAUGGCUGCAAGAUAUGAAAAAUGAAUUUUUGUCUAACAAUGAUUAUAACGUUAUUAUCAUAGACUGGAAUGAACUAUCCAGAAAUCCAAUAUACCCAUGGGCAGCAUUUAGUACCAGAUAUGUCGGAAAGCAAACAGCAAAGUUACUGGAUUCCAUAGCAAAAUCAUAUGAUAUUGACGGAAUGGACCCGGCUCGACCUUUGUUUGAACUUCCAAUGAUGCCUGAACAUUGCCGUCUAGACAAAACUGACGCUGAAUUCGUUGAUAUCAUUCAUACUAACAGUGGAGUACAUGGGUAUUACAAGAGUCAAGGACAUGCCGACUUUUAUCCAAAUGGUGGAAGUUCGCCUCAACCCGGCUGUAAUCAGAUUAUAGCACCUUUCGACUCUUGCAGUCACUUACGUGCAACCCUAUAUUUUAAUGAAUCUAUUAAUAGUGCAACGCUUUUCAAAGCAUUUCCUUGUGAAAGUUGGCAUAAAUUUGAAAACGGACAUUGUACAGUAAACUAUACCUACAUGGGCUUACAGGCUAAAAAGGAGGACGUAGGGGUCUUUUACCUUUACACCAAUUCUGAACCGCCAUUUGCCAUUAGCAGUUAA